CAUGAUGUCUAAAUUACAUGCAAUACUAUUGUUAUUAUGUGUGACUAUAUGUGUGGCCGAUGGGGACGACAGUCCUGUCAGGCCGUCAAUAAUUGGCGGCACAGACGCCAAGAGAGGCGAUAAUCCGCACAUGUGUUCACUCCGAUCGUCGGCACACGGAUGCGGGGCAUCGAUCAUAGGCGUCAAAUGGGCCAUCACUGCCGCACAUUGUGUUAAUGGAGUGGAUCCCGCGGACCGUAGCCUACGGUGCGGUACAGUGACUAAAUCAAGUGGCGGUAAAGACUACAAACUAACCCAGAUUAUCAUACAUAAAGACUACAAUUUACGUGGCAGGUAUGAUAACGACGUGGCUCUACUCAAAAUCGAGGGCGAAUUUGAACUAGGCACUUCUGAUUCCAAUAUCAUAGAGCUGGCUGACGAUGGAUCAGAGGUGCCCGCUGGUGAAAUAGUGACCGUGGUCGGUUGGGGCCGUCUGGAAAACGGUAAAAAUAUUUACCCCGAAAACUUACAAACCCUAGACGUGCCGGUUGUCGGCCGAGACAAGUGUCAGGUGAACUAUGACGAGAUUAAAGACCUGAUGCCCAUCACCGAUAGUAUGCUGUGCGCCGGUUUCACCGAGGGCAACAAAGACGCGUGCCAGAACGAUUCUGGCGGUCCGUUGAAAUAUAAAAACCAAUUGGUCGGUUUGGUUUCGUGGGGCAAAGAAUGUGCAUUGCCAGACUACCCUGGUGUUUACGCCCGUAUUGGUCAACUUCGCUCGUGGAUCAGGAUUGAAACUGGCAUU